CCGGUCCUGAGGCCAGUUUAGCCAUUUCCAGUCCAAGGUCAAGAAGCACCAACAAGAACCCCGUGCACCCUACAGCUUCCUGCCGCUUUUCCUACUCCCCGCUCGCCUUCCCCGAGGCCCCCGCCAUGUCGUCCGACUGGCUCUUCUCCGCCACCGAGAUGCAGCGCUCCCCGUCCCGCCUCGACGGUGUGUCGCUCGUGUCGGAAUUGGAGCGCCGCGCCUCUGCCUGUCGCCUUGUGGCUCGACUCGCGGCGGCGCUGCACUUGUCCCUGGCCUCUCAGCGCGCGGCCUGCGUGUUCCUGCACCGCUUCUUCAUGCGGCGCUCACUGGUAGGACGCGAUGAGUGCCGAGUGGCGGCCGCGUGCCUGUUGCUGGCCUCCAAGGCUGAGAACGAUGAGACGCAGGGCGUCGACGUGCGGCGACUAGCGAAGGCGCUGAUGACGCAGACGUCACUGGAGUCAUCAGAAGCUGACGUGGCCAGCAACAUUCUUGAGCUUGAGGGAGAUGUGCUGCUGGCGUUGAGCUUCGAGUUGCACGUGGACCACUCUUUUUGUUAUAUCGCUGCUGCGGUGGACAAGGUUGUCGCCUUGAAGGAGACACAGGAGGACGCUCUGCGGCAACAGUUGAAGCAGACGGCCUGGAGCUUUCUGAACGAUAGCGCCAUCACGUGGACAUGUCUGGCGGUGAACGCUUCGCUGGCUGCCAAGGCCGCGGUGUACGCCGCCGGAUUGUUCUGUGGCGUGUCGGAAGGCGCUGGGGAUCAGUGGUGGACGGUGCUGGAGACACCGGUGGACAUCUUGAAAGAUGCCGCAAGACACGUGCUGUCCGCCUACACGGCCCCCUUUGUGGACACCAGUGUGCUGCCCAACGCACUGGGUGAAUUGGUAAAUGUCUUCCUCAAGAAGACGGAGAAUGAGUCCAGUGAGAGCUCCACGCCGCUGGACGAUGACUUCCAGGUUGAGAUCGACCUGGUUGAGGAAUGUCCCGUUACGGUCGAGACCUUUAUGGAUCAGACCACUACGUGGGUCGAUGACUGCGUGGUAGUCGUGAAGGGCGAACAGAGCCCAUCGAGUCCCUCUGACCCGUGUGACGUGGAGAAGAGCAUCCCGCUCUACUCUCCACAAAAUCUUGCCAUGGAAUCGUGCACACAAGGAUCACUUCUUUUGAAGCGCUCAAUAACGCUAGCAGACUAUGACCGCAGCGUCAAGAAAGCCAAACUAGCGCUAUGAGGAUCGUCUGGGCAGUUCGAGUCGUUGAAAACUUGAUGAAUGCUUUUAAAGACGACGGAAUGCUAUUCUGCACCUCAAAUGUCCCAAAAAAUACUGAAAAAAGCAGUAAAGAACGAAGCGCGAUGCAUGCCGACCUGCAUACGAAGCGAGUGCUUCUGUAUAUUUGCCAAACUACAUGGAACCCAUCCCAGUAAAGUAAAAAGUAUAAAACUUUAUAGUGCUUUUUAGCACUAGUGAGUAAUUGCCACUCUUAUUAUUAAAGUUAGAGUAGGCACUCGAACCACUUUAGUGGCAUUUUCUCCGUGUUUAUAAGUGCAUCGCCGUUCCGGA